UAUUUUCAUAUAAUAAAAGCCUGUUUCCUUAUGCUUAUAACCCAGCCUCCAUCCCCGCGAGGCCACCAUUUUAAAGAAGUUUGCUGCAAGGACCCCUCCAGGCUCUACAGGGUUUUAAUCGCUCUGGCAUUCUAUCUUGUAGAGGAGUCAGAGACGGAGACGGCUAGGGAGAGGACGGCAAGGAAGCGUCUGCUGCUGGAGCCAAUGCUGCCCUUUGGUUCUCCGGGAGGAGCGUCCCUGCCCGGAUGAGUGUCCGCCGUGUGUCCCCGACUGUCCCCCAGCAGGAGCGCAGCUCAGACGAUCGCAGCUGCUUGGCGUGGACCUGUAGGAUGUGGUGAAAGGAUGGGGCUUCUCCCUCCGGAGACUCACAAUGGCCAGAGAAGAUUCCGUGAAGUGUCUGCGGUGCUUACUCUACGCCCUCAACCUGCUCUUCUGGUUGAUGUCCAUCAGUGUGUUGGCAGUUUCUGCUUGGAUGAGGGACUACCUAAAUAACGUCUUGACUUUAACUGCAGAAACAAGGGUAGAAGAGGCGGUCAUCUUGACUUACUUUCCCGUGGUUCACCCGGUCAUGAUUGCUGUUUGCUGUUUCCUUAUCAUCGUAGGAAUGUUGGGAUAUUGUGGAACGGUGAAAAGAAAUCUGUUGCUUCUUGCAUGGUACUUCGGAACUUUGCUCGUCAUCUUCUGUGUAGAACUGGCUUGUGGUGUGUGGACAUACGAGCAGGAGGUUAUGGUGCCCGUACAGUGGUCAGAUAUGGUUACUUUGAAAGCCAGAAUGACAAAUUAUGGCUUACCCAGGUAUAGAUGGCUUACACAUGCUUGGAAUUAUUUUCAGAGAGAGUUUAAGUGUUGUGGGGUCGUGUACUUCACUGACUGGUUGGAAAUGACAGAGAUGGACUGGCCUCCAGAUUCCUGUUGCGUUAGGGAAUUCCCAGGAUGCUCCAAGCAGGCUCACCAGGAGGACCUGAGUGAUCUCUACCAAGAGGGUUGUGGGAAGAAAAUGUAUUCCUUUUUGAGAGGAACCAAACAACUACAAGUACUAAGGUUUCUGGGGAUCUCCAUUGGUGUGACACAAAUCCUGGCCAUGAUUCUCACCAUUACUCUGCUCUGGGCUCUAUAUUAUGAUAAAAGAGAGCCUGGGACAGACCAAAUGUUAUCUCUGAAGAAUGAUACUUCUCAGCACUUGUCAUGUCACUCUGUGGAACUCUUAAAACCAAGCCUUUCAAGGAUCUUUGAGCAUACAUCAAUGGCAAACAGCUUCAAUACACACUUUGAGAUGGAAGAAUUAUAAAGAAAGUCAAAGAAGGAAAUCACAAACUUGUGGGAUUAGUGAGUUUUGGGGUACACAGUUAUUUCAGAAAUUCUUAGACAUGUUAAUUUUCUGCAAAAGAAUGUCUAAGCAUAUAAUUUCCAUAGGUUCCGCAUGUUAACACACCAACAAUAAUUGGUGCCCUUCAAAAUGCUGAAGACAGAGUAAAUAACCACUGUCUGUCUGUCUUUCUUUCUGUCUUUCUCUCUUUUUUUCUUUCUUUCUUUUUGAGCACAAUUAUGUUUUGAGGUGACACAGUUAGACCUGUGUUUCUGCAUCCAUUCAAGGAAAUGAACCAUCAUGGUGGCACUAGAGCCAUUGUGAAGGUUACCUAGCUUUUCAGGCUAGCCUACAAACUACCAGCUGACUGCUAACAUAGGAAUUUAGACAGUACUAAUGGCCUUUAUUACCUGAUGCCUUGAGGAUGAUUUGGUUAUAUAUAAAAACCUUUCAAGAUUGGUGACUACCUAAAUAUGACUUUUUUGUUGGUUAUUAAAAUAAUCUUAUUAAUAACACUUGUAAGAGCUAACACAUUGUCUUAAACUUAUCAGGGAAAUAUAUGUAUAGAAGUCUGUGCUGUGUCUGUAUAAUUCAGUAGACUUCAGUUCUUAUGAUGUUAUGAAUAACACCAUUUGAAAACGACAAAUUUGUCUUAUAUAGCACCAUUACUUUGUGUCUUUCCCAACAACAGAACUUUUAAAUUCUGUCUUGGGUCUGUACUGUAUUCACAACUGUUAAUUUAAGUUCUUAACCACUAAUUUUGGAAAUUACCAGUGUGAUGCAUAAGAAUCACUGCAACUCUGGCUGCGGGAAGUAUCAGCUAUGGAUUUUACAGAUACUUGACUCAGCAGAAAUUUGUGUGCAUGUCUUUUCUCUCAAGUGAGGGUUCUUUUUUGACAAUAAACACUUUGCAAAAAGCUUAUGUUUUUCUUUUGAAAGCAGAAAGCAGAAGUCUUGAAGUUGAUGUAAUUUUACAGAGAAAUAACACUAUCUGCAGAGAGGUGCUCACGGAAUCUCUAAAAUAAGUGGUGGUCUAACUAGAGGGAAUCUUUGAUUUAUUUCACCAAUACUGUGGCAAAUUACACAGAAUAUUAAUUUCUUUACAAAAGUAGAGGAUAUUUAUUUGAAAUGGGAAAAGUGCAUUUUACUGUAUUUUGUGUAUUGUGUUCAUUUCUCCGAUUAUGGAAAGAAAAUUAAUACAGGUGUCAAUAAAUAUUUUCUAGAUCAUGA